AUGUCUGUCCACCUCGCAGCCUGGCCCAGGUAUCGUGUGUUGCGGGUCCAGGAUUUAGGCCAGUACAACCUGGAGAUUCUGUCAGCCAAUCUGUCUGAUGACGCCCUCUAUGAGUGCCAGGCACCUGACGCCGCCCUGAGGUCCAGAAGGGCCAAACUAACCGUCCUCAUCCCCCCAGAUGACCCGGUGAUAGACGGGGGUCCGGAGGUGCUGCUGAACGCGGGGGAGUCCUACAACCUCAGCUGUGUGUCUCGCGGGGCCAAGCCGACCUCCACCAUCGAGUGGCUGAAAGACGGCCUCCCCGUGGAGGGCGCAGCCAGCACCACCGAGGUCCUCUCGGACAGAAAGAGGGUGACUACGCGGAGCUACCUGCCCAUCCAGCCCGCGGACACAGACACGGGGAGGAACUACAGCUGCGUGGCCACCAACUCGGCGGUCCCCAACGGCAAGAUCACCACCGUCACCCUCAACGUCCACCAUCCUCCCACAGUGACCCUGUCCAUCGAGCCUCGGUCUGUCCUGGAGGGGGACCGGGUCACCUUCACCUGCCAGGCCAACGCCAACCCUCCCAUUAUGGGAUACAGGUGGGCGAAGGGUGGUGUGGUGCUGCAGGGGGCCCGGGAGAGUGUGUUCACCACCAAGGCAGACCACUCCUUCUUCACUGAGCCCGUCUCCUGUCUGGUCUUCAACGCCGUCGGAAAGACAAACGUCAGCAUCCUGGUGGACGUGCACUUUGGUCCGAUCCUGCUGUUGGAGCCCCAGCCUAAAACGGUAGACGUUGACUCUGACGUCAGCCUCAACUGUAAAUGGGCCGGUAAUCCUCCGCUUACUCUGACCUGGUUCAAGAAGGGCUCCAACAUGGUUCUCAGCAACAGCAACCAGUUGUAUCUGAAGUCAGUGAGCCAGGCAGAUGCGGGCCAGUAUGUAUGUAAGGCCAUCGUCCCAAGGAUCGGAGUAGGAGAGACCGAGGUCACGCUCACCGUGAACGGUCCCCCCAUCAUCUCCAGUGACCCGGUCCAGUACGCGGUGAGAGGAGAGAGAGGAGAGGUGAAAUGCUACAUUGCCAGCACGCCUCCGCCAGACAAGAUUGUGUGGGCGUGGAAAGAGAACGUGUGGGAAAGGGAUAAGGGGACGUUGCAGGAGAGGUACACGGUGGAGCAGAGCAAGUCGUCAGCAGAGGGCGGGGGCGUCCUCUCCACCCUCACCAUCAACAACGUGAUGGAGUCUGAUUUCCUCUCCACCUACAACUGCACAGCCUGGAACUCAUUCGGGCCGGGCACCAUGAUCAUCACGCUGGAGGAGACCGAGGACGUCCCGGUGGGGAUAAUAGCAGGCGGGACGGUGGGCUGCACCAUCCUUUUGUUCCUCUGCCUCCUGGUCUUAGUGCUUAUCUUCUACCGGCAGCGCAAAGGCAGUCGGCGCGGGGUCACGCUGGGUAAGCCGGACAUCAAGGUGGAGACGAUAAACAAGGAGACCCAUAGCUUGGAGGAGGACUCCGGCAGCGUGUCCACGGCAUCACGUAUGGUCAAGGCCAUGUACUCGCCUUUUAAAGAUGACAUAGAGCUCAAGUCCGACCUGCGCAGCGACACGCUGGACACGCGGCAAGAGUACGAUCUGAAGGAUCCCACUAAUGGCUACUACAAUGUGCGAGCCUCAACCCAUGACGAGGGCCGCCCGGCCUCCCGCUCCACCAUGCACUAUUCUGACUACCGGUCUCCGGGAGGCACACCAGGAGGCGCUGCGUCCAUCAGCAGUAGCGCUGGCGGGUCAGGGGCCACAGCCAGCGGAGGAGCCCCCGGACCCACAGGCCCCCUCACCUCCCCCGGGCGCCCCCAGGCUUGCUAUGACCCCAGGCCCCCCUCCAGACUGUCACACAUCAGUUACGCCCAGUUCAACACCUUCACCCGGGGUGGUCAGAACCAGCAGCCGCCGGCCAACCCUCCCCCCCAGGCCAGCGACUUCCCAGGGGACUGCAGCCUCCUGGACUCCACGCCUCAGCUGACCUACGACAACUACGGAUACCCGUCCCACUACCCGACAUACCGCAUGGGCUUUGCCCCGCCCAGCCUGGCCCCGCUGGAGGCCGGCCCGUCGUACGAGAUGUACGGGGUGGGCUCCGGAGUGGGUGGUCCCGGGGUGGGGGUUGGUCCCGCAGGCCCUGUGGGCCCCGUGGGACCUGCACCGUCGGGUUCAGAGACCGGACUGGGGAAGUACGGCAGCUCCACUCGUUUCUCCUACACGUCGCAGCACUCUGACUACUCCCACAGCCGACACACGCAGAGGAUGCAGACUCAUGUGUGAAAGACGCGCAGUCCGCUGCCUCACACUCUUAGCAGAGCAUGGGGGAAGCAUCUUAUAAAUAGUGUCAUGCUUACAAACCUACAAAAUCAAAUAGUCACGCACACACACACACACACACA